UAACCCGGGGCGGCGGGGCCGGGCCCUGCAGCCGGCGGAGGCGCGGGGGCGGCGCUCCCGACGGCAUCCGGGACUUCCUGUGACGGCCCAUUUCCUGGUCGGAUGGGGCCGGCGGGGGGCGGCGGCGGCGGGGUCGCUCCCUGUCCCUGACGGGCUCGGUGGUCGCCGGUGACGCCGCCAGGCAGCGAUGCGGGCCCCGCGCCCUGCCGGCAGGCGGCCCCCGCCGUGACCCGGUGGGGCUGCGCACGCCGGCCCCGCGGGGCGCAUGGAGGCACCCGCCGCCCUCAGCGAGGUGUGACUCCCCGGGGGACAGCGCGGCUCGGCCCCGCCAGGCGAGCGGCCCCGGGCCCCGCUCCGCGGCCGCGGCAGGAGCCGGGAGGGCUCGGGACUGACACCGGCGUGGCCCCCGCGGCCGGCACGGCCGCCUCCUGAGACAUGAAGAAGUUCUUCGACUCGCGCCGGGAGCAGGGCGGCUCCGGGCCCGGCUCGGGCACCAGCGGCGGCGGCGGCGGCAGCAGCGGCCCGGGCAGCGGCUACAUCGGCCGGGUCUUCAGCAUCGGCCGGCACCAGGUCACCGUGGACGAGGUGCUGGCGGAAGGUGGCUUUGCCAUCGUGUUCCUGGUGAGGACGAGCAAUGGGGUGAAGUGUGCCCUGAAGAGGAUGUACGUCAACAACGAGUACGACCUGCAGGUCUGCAAGAGGGAGAUCCAGAUCAUGCGGGAUCUGUCUGGCCACAAGAACAUUGUGGGCUACAUCGACUCCAGCAUCAACUCAGUCAGCAGCGGGGACGUGUGGGAGGUGCUGAUCCUCAUGGACUUCUGCCGGGGGGGACAGGUGGUGAACCUGAUGAACCAGCGCCUGCAGAGCGGCUUCACCGAGAGCGAGGUCCUGCAGAUCUUCUGCGACACCUGCGAGGCCGUGGCCAGGCUGCACCAGUGCAAGACCCCCAUCAUCCACAGGGACCUGAAGGUUGAAAACAUCCUGCUGCAUGACCGUGGCCACUACGUCCUGUGUGACUUUGGGAGUGCUACCAACAAAUUCCAGAACCCUCAGACAGAGGGGGUGAAUGCAGUCGAGGAGGAGAUCAAGAAGUACACGACGCUGUCCUACAGAGCCCCGGAGAUGGUGAACCUGUACAGUGGCAAACUCAUCACUACAAAGGCAGACAUUUGGGCCCUGGGCUGUUUGCUGUACAAGCUGUGCUACUUCACCUUGCCCUUCGGGGAGAGCCAGGUGGCCAUUUGUGAUGGCAACUUCACCAUCCCAGACAACUCUCGGCACUCCCAGGACAUGCACUGCCUCAUCCGGUACAUGCUCGAGCCAGACCCUGAUAAGAGGCCUGACAUUUAUCAGGUCUCCUACUUUGCAUUCAAACUGGCCAAGAAGGACUGCCCGGUGCAGAAUGUCCAGAACUCUCCAAUCCCUGCUAAACUCCCAGACCCAGUUAAAGCAAGUGAAGCUGCUGCAAAGAAGAGUCAACCAAAGGCCAGGCUCACAGACCCCAUCCCUACGACAGAAACGUCCAUAGCACCCCGCCAGAGACCCAAGGCAGGACAGACCCAGCCCAACCCUGGAAUUCUGCCCAUCCAGCCAGCCCUGACUCCCAGGAAGAGAGCCACGGCCCAGGCAGCCAUUCAGCCCCAGGUUGCAGGCCCGGCUGCCCUGGGCAGUGCCCAGCCCUCUCUCCCUGCCAGCGCCCCCCAGGCAAAAGCAGCUCCCCAGCAGCCUCCAGCCCAGCCCCAGGCCAAGCCAGCAGCAGCGCCCCAGGCACAGCCCCAGGUCCCCUCGACACAGCCCCAGGCCACCCCUCAGCAUCAGCAGCAGCAGCUCUUCCUGAAACAGCAGCUCCUGCAGCAGCAGCAGCAGCAGGCUGCCUACUUCCAGCAGCAGCAGCAGCAGCAGAUGAUGCAGGCGCAGCAGUUCCCAGUGAUGCAGCAAGGAGCGCCCGCGCAGCAGCAGCAGCUGAUGCAGAACUACUACCAGCAGCAGCAGCAGCAGCAGCUGCUGGCCCAGCAGGCAGCUAUGCAGCAGAAGACCACAGCAGCAGCAGCAGCAGCAGCAGCUCAGCAGAAGCAGCAGCCCCAGGCCCAGCCUGGCACGGCACUGCCGGCACAGCCACAGGAGCAGGGGGCCCAGGCGCAGGCUCAGAGGCAGCAGCAGCAGCAGCAGCAGCAGGCUCAGGGGCAGAAGCUGGGCUCCCUCACGCCGCCGUCCUCGCCCAAGGCGCAGCGCGCGGGGCACCGCCGCAUCCUCAGCGACGUCACCCACAGCGCCGUGUUCGGCGUGCCCGCCAGCAAAUCCACCCAGCUGCUGCAGGCUGCAGCUGCCGAGGCCAGCCUCAACAAGUCCAAAUCUGCUUCCACCACGCCCUCGGGCUCGCCAAGGACCUCGCAGCAGAAUGUCUACAACCCCCCGGACGUGUCCACGUGGAACCCCUUUGAUGAUGACAACUUCUCCAAGCUGACAGCUGAGGAGCUGCUGAACAAGGACUUUGCAAAGCUGGGGGAUGGGAAAGCUCCAGAAAAGGCAGGCAGCUCCACAGAGAACCUGAUGCCAGGUUUCCAGCCCGCAGCCCCCGCGGCCCCGGCGGACGCCUUCGGGGGCUCCUCCUUCCCUGCUGGGCCAGCUGAAAAAACGAAAGACAUGCUGAGCUUGGACUCUAGCCCUCCUCUCCUGACUGUGCCUGACCCUUUCAUUCCUCUCCCGUUGUCCGACACCCCAGGUCUGCAGAGGGAUCCGGGCCGCUUCCCAGCCAUAGCUCUCGAGCUCUCUAAAGGAGAUCCUGGCAGUGAUGGCCUCGCCUUGCACAAGGGUCAGCCCGAGGUGCUGGGGGUGAAAGCGCAGCACAACUCGGAGUCAGAGUACCUGGCCAGAGAUGGUCCUUCAAGCAACAGCUCCUUCUACAGCAGCGAAGGGGAGGGGACAGACCACGAGGGAGACAUUCUGGAUUGCAGCGGCUCCAGGCCUUUACUGAUGGAUUCGGAAGAGGAGGAGGAGACGGGCAAGUUGUGCCCAGGGUUCCUGCAGCCCGUGCCCAGGCACGAGGCCUCCAAAGAGGAUCCCCAGUGCCAGGCCAGAGCGGGGGAGCCGCUGUUCCCGGCCUUCCAGUCGCACAGCGGGGAGGUGUUUAACGAACCCGACGUGUUUGCCACGGCUCCUUUCCGGAGCUCCAGGAAGGUCCCCGACGAAGUGGAUGUCUUUACCAAAGCUCCUUUUAUCUGUAAGGGCAACGCGGCUCCGCGGCACCCGGAGGAAGCAGACGUGUUUCUGAGAGCCCCUUUCACCAAGAAGAAAAGCGUGGAAGAGCCGCCUUCCCACAAGGAGCCCUUCCCACCGCCCGUGUUCCUGAGCCAAGGCGGCGACGGCCGCGCUCAGCCGAUGUUCCCGGGCCUGGACCCGGCGGCGCACGGCUCCGUGCCCUCGGCGAGAGCUCCGCAGCCUCCCGCUGGCUUCGCUCAGCCAGGCAACCUCCAGCCCAGCCCCGUCAGGGCCGUGGAGGCCCAGGAGAGCAGCCCCGCCAAGGCAGCGCUGCCGGAGCAGGGCGACGCGCUGGGCUCCGUGGCCAGCAAGCCCUUCCGUCCGCAGUCCCUGGCCAAGUAUUCCCGGCACUACGGCCCCGAGGAUGGGCCGGGGCCCGAGGCCAGGCCCAUAGCUGCUUACAAAGUGGUGUCUCAGACCAACAGGCAGGCCGUCGCGGGCUCGGUCUCGCUCGUGCCGCUGUCUGCCAGGACUACGGAGCCGCCCGGCGCCGAUCCCUUCGCCUCGGCGCCCUUCCCUCCCAAAGCAGCGAAGCAGAAGCCUUGACGUGCCGGGAGCCGGGGCUGUGCUGCCUGCAGGAGCAGAGCAGGGGACCUCACGCCUCUUAGCUGAACUGAAUGACAUAGCAAUAUAUACAUAUAUAUAUAUAAAGUAAUUAUUAUUUUUGGUCAGAACUCUAUUUGCAGUGAUAUAUAGUUGAACCAUUUAAGUUAUGUUUGUCCGAAUGCCUGGCUCUCAGGAUCCUCGUAUCCUUUCCAGUUGCUUCUCACCUUCCUCCUCUCACUGUCUUCCCUCCAUUUAUUUGGUUUUUUUUUUAGAUGCUUUUCUCAAACCAGCAGUAUUCCAUAUUUUCUGGUCCUGGGUGGAGAAAUGCACUACAAUAUGAAUUAAAAGGUUUAUUAAUUACAGAGCGAGUCAAGCAGGACUUGCUAAUGCUCUGGAAAGGACAUGACUUCACAGGUUAAAGGGUUGUUGUGACUUUGGCUCUCAGCUCAGCAGCAGUGGCAGCCACGGCUCUGGGUGUGCAGGAGGGUGCUGUGCCCCCAGAGCCGUGCUGGGGUGUCUGGUGCCAGUCUGGGCAGUGCUGGUGGAGCAGAGCCAGGGCAGCAGCACAGCUUUGUUCCCCCAGGACAGGAACACGAGGCAGUGCUCUGGCAGGGAAGGUGGUGUGAAGCCAGUGAACAAUCAGGCUGUUACUGCUGCUGGAAAAUCAAACGUGCAAACAAUCAGGCAAAACUUUUACACUUGUAUCUCCUGUAUGGUCUAUGCCAAAGUGUAGGGCCUGGAAAUCUGCUUAUGGUGAAGGAGAAACGUGUAUUUACAGUAUUAAAAAUAGACCUUACGGGGACAUUUGUGAUGUAAACAGCUCCAAAACUGUCCUGAUGUACCUCAUGUGGUGUGACUCAGCAGAGACUGGUUGAUACUGGCACAGAGCUCUGCUCAGAGUCAAUUCUGCCCGUUGCUUUCCUGUUGGUUAAGGAUGAACCUAAAGAAAAUCCGUUUGCUCUCCUUCUGAAGUGUUGUUUUCUAUCCUGUUCCCAAGAGCAGGACUGUGGUGACUGAGGCAUGGACUCAGCCUGGCAGAGAAGCUGAGGAGUUUAUUAUGAAAGGCAAACUCUUUCUAUACCCUUCUGCAAGAUGCAGUAUUUCCUUAGAUGGUACCCAUCGUGGACCAGGAUCUGUGGGACCGUAGGCAUACCCUCACCCCUGGGUUAUUAAUGGAAAGGGACCUUCCCAUCUUCCACUUUCCGGGUUCUUAACAAAUAUUUGAGGUUUUUCUAGGUGAGUGUGUGAUCCAUUGAAAGGGCGCUGGACUGGGGUCAGGUCAUUCUGAAUGCAGUUCAAGAAUUGGGGUGGGAGGGAGAGCACUGGAGUGCAGGGAGGAAUUGGCUCCCAGGAGCUGCCGGGGGGCUCGUGGAGCCGGGACCCCCCUGCCCUGCGUGGCUGCGCUCGGAGUUAUGAAUAUUGGUGCACAGUGGUGGCUGUGGGGCUCUCUGCCCUCCAUCCCCACCUCCUCAAAACAGAAGUACUGUAGAGAAGUUUCUGGGUUUCCCUUGAGAUGUUUCUUCAGCAAAGCUGACGCUGUUAUUGUGUUUCGUUGUUUAGUUUUCUGUUUAAAUAUAAACCACCCGAAAGGUGGUUUUAGUUUUAAAUAUGUGUUCCCCCAAGUCGGCUGUUGCUGGGUGGAAUCAGUGAGAGACACAGAGAAUGACUGUGACAGCAAACUGUGAAUUCAAGGACUGUGAGUGUGAGGGCCAGCCGCCAGCCUGUGACACGGCCACACUGAGCCAGGAGCUGCCCUUGAGCUCCAGAAUGUGCUCAGAAGCUGCUGGAAGGGAGGCCAGGCCUCGGUGCUGUGGGACCAACCUGUGCAACAGCGAGAUGCUGUGCUGGCCCGAGCAGGUGCCCUUGAGAGCCACGGGGGUUCAAGGUGUUACCGCUGCUCACUGCAGCUUCUCCUUCCUUCUCUUCUUUUGUACUUGAAAAAUUGCCUCUGAAUAACUCGGUGCAGCUUCUGCCAGCGCCACGGGGCUGAUGCUGGAGGAGCUUCAGCCUGUCCCCUCACGCUGGGGGAAAGGGAAGGUGCACUGAGCUGUGCGGGCUGACUGCAGCCCUCUUGGCCCAGGGCAGGCUCCAUUUCCAGCUGGCAUUUUGGCAGCUUCUCUGUCCUUCAGGCACUUUACACGAAGAGCAGGCUAAGUGUGCCCCAGAGCUCAUGAUCCUGCCAGACACAUCCAGUGCUUUAAGCGGUUUUAAAUCUCUUCUGGGCGUGGAGGCAGCUCCUUUCUAUCUCUGCAUGUGACUCAUAAGGUAACAGGACUUCUGGUUAUGGUCAGAAAACUCACUUUCAAUGCCUGUUACUGUAAUACCCUUCUCAUUUCCAGCCUGUAUUCCUCCUAAUCCUGCACUACCACUGCUGCAGCCUCAGCGGGAUGAGUUGUAAGUGGAAAUUUAAUUUCCAUCGCUUCUGAAGCUUACUGUUUUAAUGAAUGUGGAAGAAUCAUGCUAAUUAUUUGCCACACAAUCAGUGAUCUUAAUGAAGUGAGACUUAUACGGACUCAAUGGGGUGUUUAGAAAUCAGUUUUCUGAAAAGAACCGCUGGUUUCACAUCGUUUGUGAUGUAGAAGGUGUUCACUGCCCUGGCUCCUCUGGUUAUCUCAUCCCUGUGACAAUCCCGGGUUCCUGCUGGGAGAGGGACUGGCUCCCGGUUCUCACCCACUGAAUGCACUAAAGUCUCUGUUCAAAGCGAUUAAUCAGAGUUUCUGCGUGAGUAAAACAAGCAGUUGGCUCUGUGCUCCCUGCCGUCCUCCCCAGCUGCUGCAGGACUUUGGGGACUGUCCCCGUGUCCCCUCUCCUGCCGUGACCCCGGCACAGCACACAGCAGCAAAACCGGGUGAGAUCUGCUUAAUUGCUGAACUCAGUCACUCCAAAGUGCUAAUCGGUUACUUUAACUCAGCUUCCACCAAAGACUCUUGUGCUGGCGAGUUGAAUUUUUGUGGGUUUUUGUUUCUUUCCUCACAGUGUUAAAUCAAUGCCUUCGAGCACACUGACAGACCCCAAAGCACUUUUACAGUAGUACCAUGACACUGAAACCCUGCUCCAGUUCUGAAACACAUUCCUGAAACCCGAUCAGCUGCAUUAGGGUUUCUAGAAAUAACCCCCAGCCUGUAGUUUCUGCUCUAGGUGGGUAAAUACCCUCACACCCCCAGAAAUCUCCCUGUGGAGUCAGGGGGAUCACGCUGAUCAGCGUUCCUGAUCCCUUGCCUCCAAAGGGACGGGGUGGGAGGGCAGGGGGCUCGCUCUGCUGUGGGGUGCAGCAGCUGGAGCAUCCCACACAGCGAGUCUGGCGGUGGAAAAACUCCUUUGUGUCCAGGAGGAGCCGGAGCUGGGAGCGUCCGCGGUCCCCACAGUGACACACAGUGACACACAGCGCCUUGUGUCCCCCAGUCCCCUCCGUUCCCCCCACGCCUGGCAGAUCCCUGGGCACAAGUUUUGCACUCCGGUUGGGAUCAUCUGUUCCUGGUAAUCAUGAAGAAAUGUUCCACUUGUAAACUUAUGUACAUUUUAUUAAAACUGUAUCUGAUGACAA